UUACAUUUUUAUAAGUACGUAUAAGUAGUAAUAGUUGAAUGUUACAUUAAUCAGUUGACAAAUACACAUGUUUUGACGCAUACGUACAACGUCUACUUCAGCAAUUGGUACACGACAUAAACGAAUUAUCUUUUCAAUCAAUUAUUACAACAGAUGUUUUAGUUUUUAGAGAUAAAUAUUAAUAAGUGGUACUAAAAACUUUAACAUAGAACAUGUUCUAUCGUAUCAAUUUAAAAUAUAAUCUUUGGCACACAUUUCUUCACGGAAUAACGAUCUUUCUCGAACACUGUGUACGUUCUUCAAGGAAGUUUGAAACGUAAAAAAUACAUAUGCUAGGACGAUGAAAGUAGAGUGAUGAUUGUUUCGCCUUCUAUAAUAAAGAUACGAGUCCACCUGUAUAAAAGCAAUGUUCUUCCACUACUGUUGAUUGUAAUCAUUCAUUUUAGUACAUUAUGAAGCACUUUGCAUUGUUGUAUUAAUUAUAUAGCUUACGUCAACUUUUAGAUAGAAAUACAGCUAAAUUGAUCAAUGACAUCUUCUUUACUUUAUGUUAUCAUUGAUUUUUCUCAACUCAAUAGUGCUCAAGCUUAAGUUUUCUAAUAAAAUAUACCAUAAUAAAAAACGCGGCUAUUACGUUUCUUUUUCUACCUAAAUGAAGUAGUCAAGAUUAUAUGUAUGUUAUAUGCAUGUAUACAUAGUAACUUAACGACUUGCAUCUUUGGUUGGGGGAUGGUAAAGGUUCGGUUAAGUUCGGGUUUAUAACCGAACUCAUCCGAAAGCCAUAUUCCGCUGGCUACCACUGGCUACCUUCACCAUGGGUGUUUUCACCUCUCCGUCGGUUUCUCAUGAAAAGAUUGUUCGCCUCUCGCGUUUAUCCUCGAAAUAAUAUGUGAACUAAUCUCGUACCGGGUCGUAAAAUGUUAUGCGAGUUACGUUCAUCCCGUAAUUGCAUUUUUUGACGAUAAGUUGGGUGUGUGCUUUGUCAUUCGCCGUUACCAGUAUCGCACAUGUGAAAAUUAGGAUUUGACGGAUCUGAUUUAAUGCAAUGGCGACGUUGUUACUUUCCAUUAUGUUGUCCACGUUUCUUUUAACCGCUGUUUAUUGCCGUGUUCCCGGAGUUUCUCGCGGUCAAGCCAUGUCAGUGCUAGAACCUCGACGAUAGACAAAAAAUGAUCUUCCGGUGUAAGAGUUCAAUUUACUUUUUUCCUGGAUUCUGUGACAAACCGGUGGGACAAGUUCAAAUCGAGCGGGCUCUAUUACUCAGAUCGUAUUACUCUCACUUUUUAUCAUAAUUCGUCGAAGCUUUUAUUUUGUCUGACCUCUAUUUUAAAGCAUUGUUAUCUAAACGAUGAUCAUUGUAUGUAGUCAUUGUACAACAAGAACUGUUGGGCGUGUGAGUUCGUAAUUGAUACCUGGAUGUCAUUUUCAUAAAUUAUUUGCUGUCUUAUUACUUCUCUAUAUUUUAAAAGAUGUUUCCAUGUUAAGUACUUGUUUAUCCGAAAGAACAAGGUAUGUAUGCCCAUGUCUACGUUUGCACAAAAGUUAAUGCCAGCAAAGUGGAACGUUCGGAUUAAUUGAUACUUUUCGGCUGUCCGAGAUUUCGUUGCUUUUAUCUUUAUCGUCCAUUAAAAACGAUUCCUUUUAAUCAAAAGUUAAAAGGGGACAAUUGACACUAAUAGAAUGAUGGGGUAAUACUUUCAAUAUCUAUAAGUGCUGAUAAAAUUAAUGAUUUCCAUCUCAACUUGUAUCAAAAAGGUUUAUGUUAUAACAUCCAGCUUAGAGCAACGUGAACGUGAUGAAAAUGCGUGUACCACAAUAGAGCAUACCUCCGUUUUACGUUACGAUUACAUGGGUAUUGGUUUAGCGAUGUAAUGAAGUGUCACCGUCGUAUUCCAGUAAAUACUUAUAUUUAUUACUUAUAAUUCUCAGUGAAACUUUUAACUCUAAUUACAAGUGUUCUCGACUGUUAUCACGUUAGAUAUCAAGGGAGAAAUUGCAAGUUUCUCGAGAAGAAGAGGAACAGUUUCGAGGAAAAAAGUGCCGACUCUACGAAUUUUAUUGUAUCUUAAGGACUCGUAACACGUUCAACCGCGUUCCUUAGUGAUCGCUGUCUAAAUGUUAUAAAAACCAAAGUGCACGUCGGUGUUUUACCGUGUAUAUUUACGACUCGUUAUGAGCGAGUCUACAGGUGUAUGAGAAAUUUCAAAAACGUAUUAAACAUCGCACAAAGAAAUGUGUGUUAUAAAAAUUUUCUAUUCGCAUUGUCGUACCUCGAUAUCUAUGAGAGAGGAUCAAACGUAGAAUUGGUGGAAGAACAUUUGCCAAAAGAGAUUUUUAUUUCAUGACCCAGUGACCGUGAACUUGAUUACCAGACGAAUUUCAUAUAAUUCACGAAAAAUGGGUAAUUGUUUCAAUAGUCCACCGGACACUGAGAAAGAAAAGCCUGACAGAAUAGGCAAUCCUAAUAUAGAAGCAGUUGCGUCUCAAGCUAGUCCAGUGCCAACACCGCCUCCAGAUCCCAUCAGGCCUAUGCCACAGAUUCCAGAUGCAGAUGUGCCAACUGCAAAGAUAUUUGUUGCACUUUAUGAUUAUGAUGCACGCACAGAUGAAGAUUUGAGCUUCAGAAAGGGUGAACAUUUAGAGAUCCUGAAUGAUACUCAAGGGGACUGGUGGUUAGCCAGAAGUAAAAGAACUCGACAAGAGGGAUAUAUUCCCAGUAACUAUGUUGCAAAGUUGAAAUCCAUAGAAGCAGAACCAUGGUACUUCAGAAAGAUCAAACGAAUUGAAGCAGAAAAGAAGUUAUUACUGCCUGAAAAUGAUCAUGGUGCAUUUUUAAUCAGGGACUCUGAGAGUAGACAUAAUGAUUAUUCUCUCUCGGUACGCGAUGGUGACACAGUUAAACAUUAUCGCAUUAGGCAACUGGACGAAGGUGGUUUCUUCAUUGCUAGAAGGACUACAUUCAGGAAUCUUCAGGAUCUUGUCGAGCAUUAUAGUAAAGACGCUGAUGGACUGUGCGUAAAUCUUUGCAAGCCAUGUGUACAGGUUGAGAAACCUGUUACUGAGGGUCUUAGUCAUCGCACACGGGAUCAAUGGGAGAUUGACCGUUCGUCUCUCAAAUUCAUAAGAAAAUUAGGCCAAGGUCAAUUCGGAGAAGUAUGGGAAGGAUCAUGGAACAAUACGACCGCAGUGGCAAUUAAAACCCUCAAGCCGGGAACUAUGGAUCCCAAAGAUUUCUUGGCAGAAGCACAAAUCAUGAAGAAACUUCGUCACGCGAAGUUGAUACAAUUAUACGCUGUUUGUACUUUGGAAGAGCCUAUUUACAUCAUCACAGAAUUGAUGAGGAAUGGAAGCUUAUUAGAAUACUUGCAAGGAAAAGGGAAGACGUUGAAUUUACAACGAUUAAUUGACAUGGCUGCUCAGAUCGCGGCGGGUAUGGCAUAUCUCGAGUCACAGAAUUACAUACACAGGGAUCUAGCUGCACGAAAUGUACUAGUUGCGGAAUUGAACGUCGUGAAGAUCGCAGAUUUUGGUUUAGCUAGGUUAAUUAAAGAAGACGAGUAUGAAGCUCGAAUAGGUGCACGGUUUCCGAUUAAAUGGACCGCGCCCGAAGCUGCGAAUUACAGCAAAUUCAGUAUUAAAUCUGAUGUUUGGUCGUUUGGUAUUCUUCUCACUGAAUUGGUUACUUAUGGUAGAAUACCAUAUCCGGGUAUGACAAAUGCUGAAGUUCUUCAUCAAGUAGAGCAUGGUUACAGAAUGCCAUGUCCACCUGGUUGUCCAACUGCAUUGUAUGAUAUUAUGUUAGAAUGUUGGAAUAAGGAUCCAAUGAAGAGGCCAACUUUUGAAACAUUGCAAUGGAAGCUAGAAGACUUCUUCACCAUGGAAGGCUCCGAGUAUAAAGAAGCAUCUGCAUAUUAAAGUACUAAAACGAUCUAUAGUUCUUGGUUAUAACAUAUUUCACUAUGAUAUCGACAAGAUUUAAUAGACAUCCUGUAUGAAUGAGCAACGAGAUAAAUGCAGAUUAUUAUAAUUAACAAUUCUAUUCAGACGAUACGGAUGUUUGUGAUAUUCGAGAGUAUACUUUAUACUGAACGAUAGUCUUCUUUCUACAAAAUGUAAAUGAUAUCGUGUUUAUUUUUUUAGCAAUACCGCUUUUGUUACAUAUUCUCGCUGCCAUAAAAUUGUAGAACAAUAUUUGUCAAUUGAUGAAUAUAAUUAUAUAUAAUUGAAAUGAUUUUUGAGAGCAGUGACGUAGCAUAGAUUUUAAUUUAGAAAAUUGUAUUUUCUAAACAUGUAAAUGUCGGUAUCGAUAGCGUCUUUCGAUAAUAUCCAUGGAAGUUAACCUUUUUGAAUCACUUGUUUUUUAAACGUCUUGACAAAAGUAUUAGAGAAUCGAAUUUGACGUAGGCAAAGAUUAUGAAACAUCGUUUAGUCAAUUUAUACACAUUUUCCCACGUACUUGAAGGAGUACUUCUUCAAGUACCUUAUAGUAAGUUGCAUUACUAUCCGUCGUCAUUCCUUCAUCAUUUUUGUUAUUACUGUGUAUUAUUAAUCUCUUUUACUAUAAACAAUUUGAAAGUAUAACACUGUUCGUGUUUAAAAUUGAUAAAUUGGUCAUACAACAUAAUAAUGAUCAUAUUUUUAAAAAACUCACAAAUAAUAUGUUAAGCUAAUAUAAAUGUAAGAUACAUUUUAAAAAUAUUUAUUAUUGCUCAUUUUAUAACUUUUUUGAAUAUGUUAACUCUCAAUUAUUUAAAAAAGAAAGCACAUAUUAACUAGAAGCAAUCCAUCUAAUCGUAAAAUUAUUCCUAACUGUUUAUAAAACAAAAAAA